CUUUCUUCCAAAAUUAAUCAAGUAUAUCUGCAUGUUCUCCUCUUUAUACCUCGCCCACCACUUAUUGGCAUUCGUAAAUUCGUAUCUGCAUGUCAUGCAGACUCAGAAGUUCUCAGCCAAUUUUGAGCAUCAUAUAUACCUAAAUACCUACCUUAUUAUACAGAAUCUGUGAUACAUACAUUCAUAUUAUGCAUGCGUUGCAUAAUUAAGUAGUGAAAAUCUCGGUAAAAGGUGUCCUUCCAAGAAGGUGGGUAGAACUAAAUAAGUGCUUAUGUAUGUACAUACAUAUACAUAUGUACACAUGCAUAUACGCAGGAGGAGAGAAAUGCGACCGUACCACCAAGAUCUGUCACGGACGGUAGUUGAGUCGAUACCAGUGGAGAAAAAGGACAACAUUUCCUUGCUUUCUUUCCCUCAAUCGCCAUUGCUGACAACAGCGAACUUAAUGCAAUGUCUCCUCGCAUGCAAUUUCACCUUUUCAUGUGCUAUAGACUUUCACUUGCUUCAAAAUGAGAUAAGUGUGGUGUUUCCCAAGUGAAAUUGAAAGAAAACUUGAGUGUGUGGAAUGCUAAAAAAGUGUCCUGGUUUGUUCAACUAUUCCACUCUUUUUCGAAAUGGACCAUGACGAGAUUCCGACAGAAACUCGCCUUCAGAGUGAAAUUGCUGCGUUGAAGUAUAAAAACGAGCGUCUCAAAAAUGAGUUGAGGGAAUACGACGACCGUUUAAAGAACAAAGAGCAAUCCAUAAUCCUCCAGACGAACGCGAAUGAAGACGUGAGAGAGAACCUUGCGAGACUUACUGCCAUCAAUAAUUCCCUGCAAAAGAAGUUGCAGGAUGCAGAGGAUCGAGAACGAAAUCAACUCAGCACCAUCUCAAGAGUUGAAUCAGACGUUCAGAAAUUCAGACACGAGAGUCAGCAUUAUCAGGAGAGAAUUGUGGAGUUGGAGAGUCAGUUAAGAUCGCUAUUAAUUGAUCGAGAGGCAUCUGAGCAGUCAAAAGAAAGUGCGCAGAGGAGUUUAGUUGAGUUUUGUAGAAAAAUUUCGUCUGCAAUUGACUUUCAUGACGAUCCUCCCAAGGUUGAGCCCCUGCUGAAAAGGGUGUACGAAAUAUACCAGGAGAAUGCAAGAUACAAGAUGAACGUUGCAAACUUGAAGCAGACUUUGGAAACGAGUGGAAACGAGUCCAAAGCAAACAGUGAGUUCAUUCAGCGUCUCAACAAUGAGAAGGACAACCUGAAUCAGCAGAUAGUUUCCUGCUUGACCACCAUUGAUCUCACAAAACGGGAAAGAGAUCAACUCGUCACGGAGAAAUCGUAUCUCACCACAGAACUGAAUGGGUACAAGGAGAAAGCAGGAAUUGUGAGUCGAACAAUCACCAGCAUGAAUGAUCAGGCGAGAAAUUUGGAGCAACAAGUGAACACGCUCAAGGAAAGCCUCUUCAUUAGUGAGGACAGAGCAACAAAGUCGGAAAAAGAGUUGAAGAAUUUCCAAGAGUCCGUUGCCAUUCAAAUGUCCUCGGGGUCUCGAAUGGUGGAGCCAACCCCUGUCGGAAUUCGGGAAAGAAUCAAAGAUCUCAUGUUGGAACUGAAGGAGAAACAAUAUGGAAAUGACCAAUUGAGGGAGAAAGUGGGGCGGCUGCAGGGGACGCUGGAGAGGUUGGAGAAACAGCUCGGCGACUCGAGGUCGAGGCAGGACGAUGCUGUAAGCGAAAGGGUCAUUUUAGCAAAACGACUUCAAGACACGGAGGGCCAACUGACCACCACAGAGAUUCUCAAUGACGGUCUUCGUAAAGACAAAAACAGGUUUAUGCAGUUCUUGGAGCAGUUAGGUGGCAUCAUGGGGCUCGACGAGGUCUCUAAAGAACUUGGAUUUGACCUGCAAACCGACGCUGUUACUGUCCGAGCCGAACAAUUAGCAAAACUCGAAGGUGAUCGACUAGCGGACAAGACAGCUUCCGUGUACCAGUUACAGAGACGAGUCAGAACUUUGAAAGAGCAGUUGGAAAAGAAGGACCUCCAUUUGGACAUGUUAAGGAAAAAGAUAAUGGUUUUGGAGGACAGCGUCAAAAUGCGGACAACUCUCGAAUUGGAGAGGGACGAAGCUCUUUCUCGAGCCCGAAAGCACAUCAAACAGAUCGAGCGAAUAGAAUUAGAGUUGAAAGAAGCACGAAUCAAUCUAAAGGAAAUGAAGGGACAAUUAGCUGAUGCAACAGAGUACAAAAUAAUCGCUCUAGAGAGGGCCAGGAAGAAUGAAGAAUUGGAGCAAAAGGUGAAUGAUUUGGAACUACUUCGCUGCAAAUAUAACCGGAAAGUAAAUUUUAUAAAGGAUCAGCUCAAGUCAUGUCGGGACAAUACCGCCCAAGAACGAGACUUACAAGAUCACGCAUUCCAACAACUCAGCCAAGAGCUCAAUUCCACCAAAAAAGGUUUACUAGAUGCAUCACGAAGGGAGGCUCAGCUUCUGAAUCUGCGAAACAUGGUGGGACGCAUUUUAGGAAUCGACUGGUCCAAAACCGUCGUACCCGACUACGAGUUGAUUUCAAAAUUGGAACGAAUUGUGCAAACGAACAAGGAGUUUGCCCAAGUGUCCAGGAAGCUGUCGGACAGCAUGAAGAUAAUGCCAGCCUUGGGGGGAGAGGAUUGUGGGGACGACUCUCCGCGAUGCUCAGCAGACUCCCUGGACGAGCUGAAGCAUUCCAAUUCAGAUGGAAACCUCAGCAGAAAACAUCACCUGCAGUGACCACCCAUUCUUACUGCUAAUUAAACUUAUGUUUUAACUAUUUUGAAAACAUCACAAAAAAAUAAAAGGACGUAUGAUUUACUAUUGAGAGAUUUCCUUUGUUGCGUGAGUGCCGACGCUCAUAGCCCCGACGGCCCCGACAGUCUCACGCUGACGGUUGCGGUGCUGAUGAUGCUCUUCUGUGAGGGGACAUUUGAACUCCACCGCAGACGGCUUCUCGUCGUCAGCCCAUAAACAAAAUAAUUGUUAGUUAAUUAUUAAUCUCGAGUUAUUUUAUUUAGCAAGCAAGGUGAAGUACGUUUUUUUUUUGGAAUAGUCUUUUUACAUCCAUAAUAUUAGCAUAACUACAAUUAGUUAGUUAAUUGUUAAUUAUCAAACUGAUCGCAAAUUGCUGCUACUAUUCCACAAUAAGUGCUCCUCCCUAUGGGUUAUCACCGUAAGGGGUAAUCACUCUAAUCAAAGG